GUGGUCAUGAGGGUUUGUUCCAUACACCCAAACCCAAAAACACUCGUCAACGAAGAACAACAAACAACCCUCAGAUUCGCAGAGAUAUAGUUAUCACACGAAAACUUUUCCAGAUUCUUCUUUCUACUUCUUCUUACUGAAUCUCUCUGUUUUUUGCUUUCAUUUGACAUAUAUACUUGUUAUUAUCAUCUUCUAUUCAGAUACAUCUGUAAACUAUCGGCAAUGGACCCAUUUUGUAUGGUUUCUUCAAUCAUAGAGCUGCGCAAAGGAUUUGGGUAACGCCAGUUGCAACUGGCAGGUUCGUUUUUAGAGUUCUAGCACAUGCCUGUAGAUUCAUUUUAUUUUCUUACCGUCUAGAAGAAUGAGCUUGCUUAAUAAAGGGGCUUCUGCCAUUGACAAAAAGCUUGGCGCAACAGGAAAGGCAAAAAGUUUAAAUCCAGAUGCUGCAGAAUUCGUUCCAUUUGCUUUGAGAUCACCAUCCGGAAACACCACAGACAUAUCUUCAAAUUUUGGCAAUUUUGGUGCUUCAACACCAGGGAAAGCAAUACUCAACAGAUCAGAGUCAUCUGUGUCAAAUAAUUCAGAUGACGAGGCCCACCAGUUCUGGCGUCACCAGCUACCUGAUGAUAUCACUCCCGACUUUAAUGUUGUGGGAGAAGAAGAAUCUCAAGGAAUCAAUAGCAUUCCUUUUUCAACUUUGUCCAUAGCUGAUGUAAACGGAAUCUCAAGUUUCCCGACAUCAACGGCUACUGUCUUUAUGUCAAAGGAACAACAUGACUUGUCUCCUCGUCAAAUCAAUGGCUGUAGCUUUUCUGAGAAGAUGAGAUAUCCUCUUCCAGCAUAUGGAGAAAAUCCAUCCUCCGCUAGUUUUCAACAAAUGCCUGGUAAACCUUGGGAUAUGCAUGGUGAUCAGUUGCUUGCUGGUAUUAGAGAUGGGCCUCCCUACAAUGGUGAUCCUGGGCAAGAGUACAUAGAUGACAUGCUUAAUGAGCAACAGAUGGAGGGUACAGAAGUAAACCCUCUUGGAUUUUUGGCUUCCCAAUUUCCAGGUUUUGCAGCUGAAAGUCUUGCGGAGGUUUAUUAUGCUAAUGGAUGCGACUUAAAUUUGACCUUUGAGAUGCUUACGCAGCUUGAGCUUCAGGUAGAUGGUAGCCUGAACCAGAAUCUGAACUCCAAGGCCUUGUCUGCUCCAAAUCUCAGUGCUCUCGAUUUUCCUGCACUGUCUCCCACGGAUAAUCAGACCAGGGUGCCAACAUUUUCUGGACAUGAUCAGCAGCAGAAUGUUAACUCUUAUCGUUCUUUGGAGAAGGAAUUACUCAUGUUCAAAUCUUCUCCUACUGCUCCAUCUCUAGGUGCUACAGAUUUUGCUUCUGCAGUUAGAAAAAUGGCGUCACAGGACUCAAGCAUAUGGAAGUAUGAUAGAAACCUUUCUCCAAAUUCCACUAUUGGAUCAAGUAGAAGUUCUCUUGCGUUGGCUAGCAGUUAUAGCGGUGGGCAUGGGAGAGGCAGUUAUGGGGAUCGGUUUGCCAACCGGAGUUCAAGCCGUUCUGCUCCUGUGUGGCUUGAAACUGGGGAAGCAGUUGCAAAUAUGUAUUCCGAAAUGCGGGGUGAAGCUCGUGAUCAUGCACGCCUACGCAACGCAUACUUUGAACAGGCACGACAGGCUUACCUUGUUGGGCACAAGGCUUUAGCGAAAGAACUGAGUGUAAAAGGGCAAUUGCACAACAUGCAAAUGAAGGCUGCCCAUGGAAAGGCUCAAGAAUCAAUUUACUAUCAGAGGAAUCCGGAUAUGCAGCAGCAGGGCAAUGGAAGAGGAGGUGAUGAAAGGAUAAUAGAUCUUCACGGGCUACAUGUGAGCGAAGCCAUUCACGUCCUGAAGCGAGAUCUAGGUGUGCUGAGGAACAUUGGGCGAUCGAUAGAACAGCGGAUGCAGGUGUACAUAUGUGUUGGAACGGGCCACCAUACUAAAGGGACACGUACUCCUGCUAGACUUCCUGUUGCCGUCCAGAGAUAUCUGCUGGAGGAAGAGGGUCUCGAUUACUCUGAACCCCAACCAGGACUCCUCCGAGUUGUGCUAGUGAGGGUAAUCACGAAGCCGCAAAUGCAACGGCACUGCAAAUUCCGACGUUAUUCGCCGGACCGACCUUUUUGCGCCACCCUUCUCCGGUCAUAUUUCCCUGACGUUACUCUUCAAAAUACCCAAAAUUGUUAUACCACCAUCGCCUCCUCUUCCUCUUCACAAUCACCAUGGUUUACCUUCAUCCGCACUGCCAUUGCCCGAAACGACUUGCUUUUCGGGAAAUCCAUUCACGCUCUCCUCAUAACCCACGGACACAUCACAUCCGACCGUUUUUUGACCAACAAUCUUAUCAAUAUGUACUCGAAAUGCGGCUGUCUCCCUUCUGCUCGCCAGCUGUUCGAUGUAAUGCCUCAUAGAGACCUUGUUACCUGGAAUUCGAUUUUAGCAGCCUACGCUUCUUGCUGCGAUUCCCUUUCAGGUAACGUAGAAGAGGGUUUUCGUCUUUUUAAGCUUCUUCUCAGAUCAUCUGACGUUUCAUUGACGAAGCUGACUUUUGCCCCGGUUUUGAAGUUAUGUUUGAUGUCGAGUUACGUUUGGGCUUCAGAAUGUGUUCAUGGGUACUCUGCAAAAAUAGGGUUGGAAUCGGAGGUGUUUAUUUCUGGAGCUCUUGUUAACAUCUAUAUCAAGUUUGAGAAGAUAAGGGAGGCAAGGUUGAUGUUUGAUAACAUGGCAGAAUAUGAUCGGGAUGCUGUCCUGUGGAAUGUCAUGCUGAAAGCCUAUGUAAAAAUGGGAGUUCAAGAGGAAGUGUGCCAUUUUUUGUCAGAUUUUCAUCGGAGUGAGGUUGUACGUCCAGAUGUUGGCAGUUUGCAGUGUGUACUUGGUGGGUUUGCGGAGGAUGAUGAUAGAGAUAGGAAGUAUAAGGAGCAAGUACAUGCAUAUGCUAUGAAGUUAUCAUUGACUGAUGAUGAUUUUUCUAAGGUUGUUUCUUGGAAUAAAACCAUAUCCCACCAUCUCCAAUUAGGUGACCAUUGGACUGCUAUCAAGUGUUUCUUGGACAUGAACAGGUCAAACAUAAAGCAUGACAAUGUGACACUCAUUGUUUCUCUUGCUAUUGUGGUGGCACUUGGUGAUUUAAAGUUGGGGGAACAGAUUCAUGGUAUGGCAUUGAAAUCAGCUUUUGAUAUCAAUGUUAGCAUUUCCAAUAGUCUUAUUAACAUGUACUCAAAGAUGGGUCGGUUAACAUCAGCGAGGGGAAUAUUCUUUGACAUGGAGGAAAUGGAUGUGGUUUCAUGGAACUCAAUGAUAACCAGUCAUGUACAAAGUGGUUUAGUGGAAGAAUCAGUGGACCUGUAUAUAAAGCUGUUACGUGAUGACCUGAGACCUGAUCAUUUUACAUUGGCAAGUGUAUUACGAGCAUGCUCUUCACUUUCUGCAGGGUUACAUCUAACUCAGCAAAUUCAUGCUCAUGCAAUGAAGAGUGGACUUGAUAGCGACACCUUUGUUUCCACAGCACUUGUUGAUUCUUACUCUAGGAAUGGAGGAACGGAUGAGGCAGAAUUUCUUUUGCUAGAUAAAAAAGAAUUUUAUUUAGCAUCAUGGAACGCCAUGGUGUUUGGAUUUAUAAGCAGUGGCAAUAGUCAUAAAGCAUGGGAGCUCUUUACACUGAUGCACACAAAUGGAGAGAAACCAGAUGAGAUAACAUUAGGAACCAUGGCUAAAGCCUGUGGAUUCCUAGCGAGUUUAAAACUUGGGAGGCAAAUUCAUGGCUAUGUUCUGAAACUUGGGUUUGAUCCAGACUUGUAUCUCAGUAGCAGCCUCCUCGAUAUGUAUAUUAAAUGUGGGGACAUGGUGGAUGCUCACAGAGUUUUCCAAGCAAUCCCAUCUCCAGAUAAUGUUGCCUGGACUUCCAUGAUCUCUGGGUGUGUAGACAAUGGAGAUGCGGAGUGUGCUCUUCUAAUUUACCAUAAAAUGAGGCAAUCUGGUGUACCUCCUGAUGAGUAUACCUUUGCUACCCUAAUCAAAGCCAGUUCUUGCUUGACCGCAUUAGAACAAGGACGACAAAUACAUGCUAAUGCUAUCAAGUCCAAUUGUGGUAUUGAUACUUAUGUCAGCACUUCGCUUAUAGACUUUUAUGCCAAGUGUGGCAACAUAGAAGAAUCAUAUCGGUUAUUUAAAAGAACUCAUGUGCAAAAUAUUGUUCUGUGGAACGCCAUGUUGAUGGGCUUAGCUCAGUAUGGACAUGGCAAAGAAACUCUUAAUCUUUUUAAUGAUUUGAAAUCUGUUGGUAAUAUGCUGCCUGAUGGAGUCACCUUUAUAGGAGUGCUUUCGGCCUGCAGUCACUCUGGUUUGAUUUCAGAAGCCUAUUCGUAUUUCCAGAUGAUGACCAAAGAUUACGGCAUAGAACCUGAGAUCGAGCACUACUCUUGUCUUGUUGAUGCUCUUGGCCGAGCUGGCCGUCUCCAAGAGGCUGAGAAACUAAUUACAUCUAUGCCCUUUGAAGCUUCUGGUUCAAUGUAUAGAGCCCUGCUUGGUGCUUGUAGGCUUCAAGGGGACAUGGAAACAGGAAAACGUGUUGCAACAAAGCUUCUGGAAUUAGAGCCAUUCGACUCAUCAGCAUAUGUACUUCUAUCCAAUAUUUAUGCUGCUUCCAACCAAUGGACUAAAGUAGCUGAUGCUAGGAAAACAAUGAUGCACAAGAAUGUUAAAAAAGAUCCAGGGUUUAGUUGGAUAGAUGUAAAAAAUAAAGCUCAUGUAUUUGUUGUGGAUGAUAGAUCACAUCCAGAAGGUGAGAUAAUAUAUGAUAAGGUGGAGGAUUUGAUAAAAUUGAUCAAAGAAGAUGGAUACAUCCCUGAUACAGAUUAUGUGUUGCUUGAUGUUGAGGAAGAAGAAAAAGAGCGGUCACUAUAUUACCAUAGCGAGAAGCUAGCAAUAGCUUUUGGACUAAUAAGCACACCUUCAUCUACAACAAUCCGAGUUAUAAAAAACCUUCGUGUUUGUGGGGAUUGCCAUAAUGCAAUAAAGCAUAUAUCCAAAGUGUGCCAAAGAGAAAUUGUGCUCAGAGAUGCUAAUCGCUUCCAUCGUUUUUACAAUGGAAUUUGCUCUUGUGGUGAUUACUGGUGAGAUCAAAUCAAUUUGUUUUUCUUCAUCAUAUACGGGACAGGUUAGAACGAGAGAUUCUUUUUCAAAUAUAACUCAGGCUAAUAGUAGUUAGACGUUCGCCAGUUUUUGGAGAACAAUUGAAACUCAAUACCUUAGAUCUAGAUUUAUGUGGGAGUUCAUAUAGUUGCAUCUUGUGACUGUUGCACCUGA